AUGACCAUCACCGGAAUUCUGUCGAUCGCCUACUUGGUGCUUUAUCUGGUUACAUUUUGCUACGACGAUGAUAGUGACGGCGAUUUAAAUCCUUCACCGGUAGAAAACGCAUGCGACGUCAUUCUACGCGCCGGAAUCACGAUGGCAAUCUCUUUGCCACCGCCGGCUAGCAUUAUACACGCCAUGAAACUGAAAAUUGUGAGAAGGAUGACAGCGAAUUCAU